GUGAGCACCUAAUAAAAGAUAAACCCUAGUUGCAACCCGUGGAGUAGGUUACUGACCGAACCACGUUAAAUCUCGUGUUCUUAUUUUCUGCUAUUUGUGUGUGUGUUUGUUCGCUUCCGCUUGACCGCCUCUGAUCUCUGAUUCCUAACAAGUGGGUUUGUAUUCUUUUGAAGGUUGCUUGGUUUCAGGCCGUUAUUCCUUGAUUUUUUCUCUGGUUUUUUUUUCUCUCGUUUUGCAAUGACUGAGGACGGGAGGGUUCGAAUCGAGAAGUUCAACGGUACUGAUUUUGCAUGGUGGAAAAUGCAAAUAGAUGCGUUGCUUGGUGAGUGCGAUUUGGACAUGGUACUGGAAGAGAAACCGGAUGGAAUGGAUAAGGCUGCUGAAGCAAUUUGGGACUCAAAGGACAAAAAGGCAAGAGGUAAAAUUACACUAGCUUUGAUGAGGAGUGUGGCGUUUAAUAUCAUGAAGGAAACAACUGCUCGUGGUAUGUUAACAGCUCUGUCAAAUAUGUAUGAGAAACCGUCGGCCGGUAAUAGAGUGUUCUUGAUGAGGGAAUUGUUCAUGAUGAGAAUGAACGAGGGCAGCCCAGUUGCUGAUCACAUUAAUGAGGUCAAUUCGAUCUUGUCGAGGUUGUCAUCAGUAGGCAUGAAGUUCGAUGAUGACACUCAGGCUGUGAUUCUGUUAUCUUCCUUGCCUGAUAGUUGGUCGGGAUUUGUGACAACGGUUACUGAAACUGCUGGAACAGGAAACUUGAAGUUUGAUCGGAUACGGGAUAGUGUUUUGGGUGAAGACAUUCGUCGGAGGAACGCUAGUAGAGGAUCUACUUCUGGGUUACUCAGUGUUAGCAGGGGAAGAGUUGGGCAUGUCAAGAGGCAAUGCCCAAACAGGAAAAACGAAAUUAGCGCAGUUGUUGGGAAUGCAUCUGAUGAUGAUAGUGAUGCAUUGAUACUCAGCAUGGAAAGCUAUGUUGACUCUUGGGUCAUGGAUUCUGGUGCUUCGUUUCACGCCAUGCACAGCGGUGAGGCGAUGGUGAAUCUCAAAAAGGGAGACUUUGGAAAGGUAAAGUUGGAUAACGGGAAAAUCCUUAAAGUGACAGGCAUGGGAGAUAUUGAUCUAAAAACUUCAUUUGGAACUACUUGGAGCUUACAAAAUGUCAGGGUGAUUCCAAGACUGAAGACAAAGUUGAUCUCAGUCGGACAAUUGGAUGAACAGGGACUAGACGUCAAGUUUGGUGGUGGAAAAUGGAAGGCACGACUGGGUUGGAGCUCGGUGGAGCUUCAACUGUCCUUUCAGCAUAAGAGGGUGAAGAAGAUGAAGUACCUGGAUGAACGGCGAGUUCUGGAAUUGGAAUCGGAGAGGAGGCCGGAAACUGGAAAGAAGGAUGGGCUUAGUCGGAAGAAGCUUGGAAUGCUCAGGAGAUUACCGUUCACGGGAGUGUUGAAGCACAGUAGGUGGAAAAGAAUCUUCUUGAGCACGACAACCGGCGGAAUCGCAGUCUCCGACGUCGUCACUAUCAACACUAGCAUCACCAAGCUGGCCAAAUGUGGCCGUCUCGAAGAAGCACGGGAGCUGUUCGACGAAAUGCGCGACCGAACCGUCGUCUCCUGGAACACCAUGAUCUCUGGAUACGCACAGCGGGGAAAGUACGGAGAAGUUUUUAGUUUUCUUUCCUUAAUGCAUCGCAGCAGAACAAGAUUUAAUGAGUCCACUCUUUGUUCGGUUCUGAGCGUUUGCGCUCGUUCAGGGUCGUCCUGGGAAGGAAAACAAGUCCAUGGCUUGGUUCUGAAGUCUGGGUCCGAAAACUUCAAGCUUGUUGGGAGUUCUUUGCUGUACUUCUACUCGAGUACUCAUGAGAUUGAUGACGCCGGUAAGGUGUUUGAUGAAUUGCAUCAAAGGAAUGAGCUGCUUUGGAGCUUGAUGCUUGUGGGGUAUGUACAGUGUAACCUAAUUAACGAUGCUUUAAGGAUCUUCAAGAAAAUGCCAUGUCGUGAUGUGAUUGCCUGGACUUCAUUGAUCUCCGGAUACUCGAAAACUCAACAGGGAUCUCAUAAGUCUUUGGAGUUAUUUGUGCUGAUGAGAAAGAAUGGAAACAAUGUGGUACCAAAUGAGUUCACUUUGGAUUGUGUCAUAAGAGCUUGUGGCGAACUGUGUGCUUUACCAGAAGGAAAGGCUGUUCACGGUCUGGUAGUUAGAUUUGGUUUUGAAUCGGAGUAUUCGAUCCGGGGAGCACUCAUUGAUUUUUAUUGCACUUGUAUGGAGACGGAUGAUGCUGAAAGAGUGUACAGCCAGCUGCUAAAUCCUUGCUUGAAUGAUUCAAAUGUGUUGAUAUCUGGUCUUGUGAUGGCAGGAAAGGUUGAAGAAGCUGAAUCUGUUUUCAAAGGGUUGAUUGACAGAAAUCCAGCGUCAUAUAAUUUGAUGAUAAAAGGGUAUGCUUUGGGUGGCCAAGUUGAGAAGGCAAAGAAGCUUUUUGCUGAAAUGCCCGAAAGAACGUUAACUUCCACAAAUACAAUGAUAUCUGUGUAUUCCAGGAACCAUGAGAUUGAGAAGGCUCUUGAACUGUUUGAAGAAACUAAAGGAGAGAGAGAUCCCAUUACUUGGAACUCAAUGAUUUCCGGUCACAUUCAAAAUGAUCAGCACGAAAAUGCAAUGAAACUAUACCUAGAGAUGCGUCAGGUCCCAAUUACCGAAACGAGGUCAACGUUUUCUGCCCUUUUUCAUGCAUGUUCAUGCAUUGGUUCUCUACUGCAAGGACGGCUUUUUCAUUCCCAUUGCAUGAAGACCCCAUUUCACACCGACAUAUAUGUUGGAACGGCACUCGUGGAUAUGUAUUCCAAAUGUGGGACCAUAGCCGAUGCCAAAGCAUCUUUUAUGGGAAUCGCUUAUCCAAAUGUUGCAGCUUGGACGGCUUUGAUCAAUGCGUAUGCACACCAUGGGCUUGGUUCCCAUGCAAUCUCACUCUUCAACCAUAUGUUGGAGCAAAAGGUACAUCCAAACGCUGCAACAUUGGUUGGGGUACUGUCUGCUUGUACGCACGCGGGCAUGGUCAGUGAGGGCAUGAAAAUUUUCCAUGAAAUUGAAACACAGUACGGUGUAACACCCACACUAGAGCACAUUACAUGCGUAGUGGAUCUUCUUGGCAGGUCAGGCCAUCUUAAAGAAGCUGAGGAAGUAGUGAACAGUAUGUCGGUUGAUCCUGACAAGGUACUACUCACAGCUCUUCUUCAUGCUUGCUGGUUCUGCUCAGACAUGGAAGCUGGCGAGAGGAUGGGGUGCAAAGAUGCAGGCAAGGAAUGUGAUGAAAGGAAUGGACGCAAAGAAACCUCCGGGCUGUAGUUGGACAGAGGUAAAUAACAGAGUUUACGUGUU